AUGACCAAUUGCCAGUACAAAACUAAUAGCUUGCAUUUGAAGUUGCAAACUCCUCCUUCCUCAUCAUUCUUCGACAUUCCAUCCUUCCACAGAAAAGUUAGAGGAGACAUCGAAUGGUUUUUCUUCAGUAAGCUGGACAAGAAAUAUGAGACAGGAGUGAGGGUGAAUCGAUCUACCAAACUGGGGUUUUGGAAGGUGACCGGGCCUGAAUACAAAAUCAAAUACGGCUCCCGAGUGAUCGGCGAGAAGAGGUUUCUCGUGUACUACAACGGGCAUUCGAAGAUGGGGAAGCGGACGGACUGGGUGCUGCACGAGUAUCGAUUGACGGAUGCAACACUCCCAGUGACCCAAGGCAAGGAAGUCUAUGCAGUCUACAGGUUAUUUUGGAAAGGCAACUCCGACCCUAUCUCUGGUGGCCCUGCACCGGCCGACGCCGUGGAAGGGGGAGAGCAAGUUCAUGGCGACGACGUUGCUCCAGCCUCUGCGGCUUUUCAGGUUGUGGAGGAACUUGGACCGGACGGAAAGAACACAGAGACGACUCCAGCUGACGAGGCUCCAGAAGCAGCACCCAACGCCCUCGCCCUGGUUAUUCACAACGAAGCCCCUCCUGAAACUCUCGAUCUCGUGACCCAUUGUUACCACAAGCGUCCGUACGAACACUCGAAGGGGACUUCAUCCGCGAGAGAAGACACGCGGGCCUGUCCAGUCAAGAGACCCAGACUUGCUGAACCUGAUAGCCCACAAAAUCUUUCCCCAAGAGGUCAAGAACCGAACAGCUCGAAUUCUGCGGCAGGAGCUAUCCCAUCAUUGACGUUGAGCUUGGCAUGCCCGGCGUCGGAAACAGCACCCAAGCAACAAGAACAGCGACUAAUAGUGGCGCCGCAACCGGUUCCCCGGCAAGCCGUGAAGCCGCCACCGUGGACAACAAGUGUUCAAAUCUUGCCAAAGAUUCGCUUAACCAUUGAGAGGAGCGGUAAGCGUGGUACCCCGAAAGACCGGUGCGCGAAAGAUGUUUGA